GGACUCGAUACAACGUGCCCCUAAUAAACUCCCUUAUGCUUUACGUAGGAAUGCAGGAAAUGGUGAAGGAUGGGAAGCUAAUCUUCUCAUUUGAUGCAGCAAAGAAAGCUCGCUUUGGCGUACUCCCACGAUAUGCAAAAGAUGAGCUUCAAAUCAGAUGGUUUGAGCUCCCAAAUUGCUUUAUCUUCCAUAAUGGUGGGAAGCGCCUUGUUCCUGUGGGUCUAGGAGAUGAUGAUCAAUGCAUUGAGGGAGCUUCACAUGUCAUCUCCGCAAAGCUAUAAUUUAAAGUGUAGAUUAUUUUGUAAAUUUGAUUUUGCAAUGAAACAUCUUCAAGCACAUUAUUUUCUUAUGUUUUUAUUUGGAUUAAUCUCUAUUUUGAUGCAAUGUAAUAAACUUCUGUUAAUUUAUUUCCCUUGACCCUAAAUUUUGUGU